AUGCAUCAAAUAGCAUGUUUAAAUGACCGUAUUCAACAAUACGAAAGUAUCAUAAAUGCUGAAUCGGCAGCAUAUAUUUCUUACAGUAAUUCGCAACAACAACGUAUUCAAUCACAACAAGAAGAAAUAUCUGAACUUGAAAUAACUCUUCACGAUUAUCGAGCAAAAUUGAAUAUCUUACUUGAUGAAAACAAAGAACUUCUUAAAAAAAAUGAUGAUCUUGCGGGUCUUGUAGCCGAUGCACGAAAUGUUAAAGAUGAAAAUGAUGUUCUAAGGAACAAAUGCGAAAAAAUCACCAAACUAGAAUCGACUAUUGAUUCCUACAAGAUCAGAUUAGCAGAGAUGCCGGAUUUACAACAACAAGUGAGAUAUCUCAAAGAAAAUAAUUUACGUCUAAUUAACGAAAAAUCAAAUCUUGAGAACGAAUAUAAACAAGCAAAAUUAAUGCAAACUCAAGCCGAAUUUCAUAAAAAAACCAAUCAAACAUUGCAUCAGAAAAUUAGUGAACUACAAGCUAUGAUUGGUAAAACUGAUCUUGAACGGCAACGUGCAGAAGAACUUCUCAAUGUAGUUAUUAGAGAAAAAGAGGUUUUCAUUAGUUGA